UUGAUUUAACCAUGGUUUAAUGGAGUUAUAAAAUCUACGGUAGGGUAAACUACUUUCGAAAAUAUCUUAGUACACAUCUAGAAAGCAAGCUAAACAGAAUCAUGAAGCUAUUUCUGAAGAUUCUCUAUUGUCUUCCCAUAUUAUUACUACACUUGCAGAUCAGGGAAGUAAAUCCCAAAGGAAUAUGUCUCUAUUUCAGCGAGAAAAUGGCUUCUUGGUUUGAUGCCCUAAUUGUAUGCCAGAAGAACCACAUGUGUUUAGCUGAUCUGAACACCGAGGUUACCCUGGUUCAAAUGGCAACCAAGACAGACCACAAGGAACACGAGUAUUGGUUCGGCCUAAACGCAUACGAUAAAUCAAACUACAGAUACGUAUCUAAUAACAAGUCCAUAGAAUUCUCUCCUAUCAAUUCUAAACUCGUGAACGAUGGACGUUGUGCCUAUAUAAAGCAUGUUAAAGGUUUUUACAUAUUUGAAGGGGCUAACUGUCGCCAUCGCAAGAGAUUCAUCUGCACCAGAACUGAUGAAUGUGACGGGGUUAGCAUGAAACCGGUAAAGUCGCAAUGUGUUAUAACCGAAGAGGAGAAAAAAAUUGUGGCCUAUUAA